GGCGGGCUCCCGCCAUCUUUACGCCCGGGGUUGCCGGCGCAUGCGCGUAGCGGCCUCGGUGGAGCGGUAAGCGUAGCUAGUCCGUGUCGUCCGCGUGUUGGAUACAGUCGUGUGCAAGAGAUGCUGUGCCGGCUUAACGUUAGGUGGCUGCAGCCGCGGCCUGCCCUGCAGCUCCGGGGCUUGGGCCCACCGGUCGCACCGGCCCCCACCAGUGGCGUCAAGCCCUCCGCUCUGCCACUGUGGGCGGUGGCAUCAGUCUCUGCAGUUGGCCCGAGCGGCGCGGGUGGCUGGUAUGAAGCCCUGGCUACGUCGGCGCCGGUGAAGGGCGCCGAGGACGUACUGCUCUUUGCGCACACCGCCUCGGGCCUGCCCUGGUGGGGCAGCAUUCUCCUCACCACCGUGGCCCUGCGCGGCGCUGUUACGUUGCCCCUGGCUGCCUACCAGAACUACAUCCUGGCCAAGGUGGAAAAUUUGCAGCCAGAAAUAAAAAACAUUGCAAGGCAUCUUAACCAAGACGUUGCAGUUCGUGCAAAUCAGUUGGGGUGGUCCAAAAGAGCUGCGAGGCUCACUUAUCUAAAGACUAUGCGGAGGCUUGUUUCAGAGCUGUAUGUUCGGGAUAACUGCCACCCUUUCAAAGCCACUGUGUUGGUCUGGAUUCAGCUUCCAAUGUGGAUAUUCAUGUCUGUUGCUCUCCGGAAUUUUAGCACAGGGGAAACGCAUUCAGAAGCAGGUUUUUCUGUUCAGGAGCAGUUAGCUACUGGUGGGGUCCUAUGGUUUCCUGACCUCACUGCCCUGGAUUCCACUUGGAUUCUGCCUGUCUCCAUUGGUGUCAUCAAUUUAUUAAUAGUGGAGAUUUUUGCUCUGCAAAAAAUUGGAAUGUCUCGUUUCCAGACAUAUAUUACGUACUUUGUUCGUGCAGUAUCAGUGUUGAUGAUUCCAAUUGCAGCGACAGUACCUUCAUCAAUUGUUCUCUACUGGUUAUGCUCCAGCCUCAUGGGCCUUUCACAGAACUUGCUGCUACGUUCUCCUAGAUUUCGCCAGCUUUGUCGAAUACCGUUGACCAAAUCAGAUUCAGACACUCCUUAUAAAGACCUCUUUGCUGCCUUUUACGCCAAGUUCAUUUCAAGAAAAUGACAUACUUUCUAGUAAUUUUGAAACAAUUACAAGUUUCACUGUUAUUGUAUAUAGAAGAUUUAGAAAUUCAGAUAUGGUUUAAUUUGUUUUUUAAAAUCAUGAGCUCUGUGAAGUACUGUGGAUUAUGAUAUAAUCCAGAUAUAUUUGACAGUACUUAAAAUCUUUUAAGUGCUAAAAAUGUAGUAUGUUCAAUUAUAUAAAAGUGGGAUCAAAGUGUCGGGCCCUGUUCUCUACCGGUAUACCCAGAAAGCCUAUCCUUCAUAUCUGUUUCACCUAAGACCUUCCACAACCCCAGUUAAGAACUGAUGAAAUAAAAUUCAUGUUUUAUGGCAAGAUGAGAAAAGUUUAAACAUAAAUUUUUUCUUUGUCCCUUUGGGCCUCCUCCCUCCCCUUUAGCAGGUAUUGUGCAUCUGCAUUAACCAGAGCUCUUUAGGAGAUGACAUUCCUUAAUCUCAUUAAGGGACACUGACUCUUAGGAGAUAACCUUCCUUCUUGUAAGGGACCAUGAUGACUCAUGACCCACUAUUUGCUUUGUACCUGUAGGCCUGGAUUGUGUAAACCAUUAAUAAUACAUCGUAUGACAUAAACCCUUUGUCUCAAAAACGUACAUAACUGUGCUUUGACCCCUAAUUGGCAGAACAGUCCCCAGAGCUUUGUGAAAGUCUGCCUCUCAGAUUAUAAUCCUCAAAUUGGCUUGAAAAUUUUCCAUUUUUUUCUUAAACUGUUGAUGAAUUUUUCUGUUGACAGGACUGUACAUAAAAGCACUUUGAUCCUGGUUGAUUCCUGUCCAUAGGAACCACAAGGCCUGGCAGUUACCACACACAAAAAAAUUACCAGCUGAGGAAUGGCAGCAAAAGAGAUUAAACCAAGAAAGCACUUUCACACAGAAACCUUGCCUAGUUCUUAGAGCAGUAACUUUUGCUUUGCUGUAACUUGAACAUGAGAGAGAUCCGACACAACUGUCCCAAAGGAAUAUGUAACAAGAGAACCCUGUUCCCUUGCAUUCUCACUGACUACCUUCUUGACAGCCCAGUUUUUACGUAAGUUUUGCAAGAUAGUCUUACCUUUAAUUGCCUAGGCCUAUACUGCUG